UUGUCUACCAGAGCAAGGCGCUGUUGUACAAGGGGACGCACAAUCUCUAUUUGGUUGCGGGAAAUAUGUUUUAUUUUCUAAAUUAAGAAAUGACCGGAAAACUUUUAAUGUAUCCCGUGUUUCGGACUGUAUCAGUAGACACUUUCAGAUGAGGAUGCUUUCACCGACAGAGCCGACGAUCACAUGUUUAUCGGGAUUGUGUUAUGUCAUUUUUCCGACUGCUUAAAAAACUAGCAGGUAAACUUGAUAAAUAAGCCGUGGCAUAAAGCUUCACCUUUAUCACGACAUUUGACCGAAAAGACCCGAAAGCUUAUUUUUGGACUACUUUGAUCUGUGUUAAUUCGCUUAUGUGCUGUUUGCGCUUUUCGAUGUUUUAUUUACUCUGUUUGGAUAAGUUGGAUUGGAUUAAAAAGCCAAAGGACCUUGUCGAGUUAUUGGCUGUGCAUUGAGAAUAGCCCUGAAUGUAACUUACUAAUCUAAUGGUCUGAAUAGGAAAAAUCUCCGUAAUGCACAUAAAUAACUGUACAAGCUUCAUGUUUACGCCGACGAAAUCAACCUGAGGAGUUUAUACCAAGUUUGUGCGCGAACCGAUAAACAAGCUGUAGCGCGAGCUCACAGCUGGUCAUCACAUUACUGUACAAAGCUUACAGUGUUUCAUUUUAAACUUCAACAAAAUGCGAUAGACACGGGAAAGCAGUCAACCAGUUAAAUUGGAUCGGGUAUUUUGGCGUGAGGCCUGCUGGUCGGGCUUUUGCCGGGGGAGAGUUGGUGCUCUGGCCGCUUCAGGGGGCGUUCAGCCCGGCCGUGAGUGACGCACAGCCUCGGUGCCAGAGGACGAGCUAUGGAGAGGAUGGAGGUGGACCAGUGCGCAGGCGCAGGAGGAGCCCUCCGAAGGUCGAACAGCGCCCCCAUGAUCACGAACGUCAGUGAUGGGACGACAGUGUUUAGCUCUAAUAGUUCGGCUCGGUAUCGUCGGAGCAGCGUGUCUGUAAAUCCGAGCUUUCCCUCCCGGACCCUCCCUCUGUCCCCAUUCUCCCUGUCAUGUGAGAGAUCCGAACACAAGAGACAGAUUGAGAACAUGGAGCUCACUUUGAGAGGGAGUUUACAGAGACUAAGUGCCUCAUCUGCUGUUCCCCUCCCUCCUGCGAGUCAUUGGCAUGGCCAUCUGUCUCCAGGAUUCCAUUCCCAGGACAGCGGUGUCACUCCUAAUUCCUCACCCAGUCCAACUCGAAGGUUUCGAGGAGGAUCUGUGAGCUCUGGAGUGAGAUGGCCAUCGGUUGCACCUUUGAAAAGGAAAGGUGGCGUGGAAUCGGACGGUCCGCCUAAAAAGCUCUUUGUUGCUGGAGUCACAGACCCUGCUCACAUAACCAGUUACACAGUCAGUGUUUCCCAGUCAGUGGACUCUUCCUCUGGGACCGCUCCCGUCGGUUCAAACACCCCGGCCAGCCCCCUGUCCCUCUCCCCCCCGCCCCCCUUCACCUCACACCACCCCAGCAUCUAAACCUCAGUAUUCAUCACACCAGAGUCCAGAUCACCAACUUGUAGAGCUUUGGACUCAAGGUGUUGUUAAAUGAAGACCAAACGUCAACCUUAAGUUCUCUUCCCGUUUUCCUACUUCUUAUUUUGGUGCUUUGAUGAGUCUUUCAGCUGAAUCACUUCUGAAGGAAAUUCGUCCUAGUUGUGACUUUGAUUUUAGAGGAAAUCAAGAUGCAAUAUAUGAAGACAAGGAUGUUUCUGACAUGACAACAUGGACGCUGCAGGCUAUCAUGUAAUUUGUGGAUAAUUAUGGAUCUUCGGUGCCUACAGAAUAGUGUGUUGUAUAUCUGAAAUAGUAUCUGCAAUAACACACUACAAUCAAAGUGGUGAAUCUGGACACAAAGACCCAUUCCUCAGUGUACAGACCAGUUUUGCUCUUCUUUGCUUUCCUUAUGUUGUGGCAAAACACUUUUGUAUUUUGGUACAUCUUCAGCUUCCAUUAAUGGGGUCCAACAGUCUGGUAAAAUCUCCAGAAUCCAUUGAAAAAAUAAAUAAGGAUAGAGAGUAUUAAAAUCAGUUGGCCAUAGAGGUCAACUUUUUGUAUAAAUGUGUAUAAAUAUGUGAAUAAUCGAAUAUU